CAUUCAACAGGAGAAAUGUGGAAAAAAGGUAAAAGCAAAGGUGUGAGCAGUGCAUCAGGUGUACCAGGUGUAUCAGGUGCCAUGUCUGUUCUGGCUCUGGGAGGUCCGGGGUUUAUCCGGGUGAAGCUGCUACAGGUGGACCCAGGGUCGCUGGAGGUCCCGCCGGGAGAAACAUUCGACCCCUACUGUGCUGUCAAUGUCAAAGAGGCAGUAGACACACCAGGGCGUGGCUUACAGCUGAUUCAGAAGAAGAAGACGAUCUACCCAGAAUGGAACAGCUGCUUCGACUCUCACCUGUACCAGGGGCGGGUCAUCCAGCUGGCCGUCAUGGCCAAACCCAUGAACAAACUGCUGGCCGAGGUGUCCAUAGGGGUGCAGAUGCUGGCCGAGAAAUGUCAGAAAGGGGACGAUAAAAUCAUCAGCACAUGGCUGGACCUGAAGCCCUCUGGCCGGCUGUUAGUUCAAGUCCGAUACUUCUCAGAGGAAGGCCAGGGCGCGGCCCGCGGUACCCCGGAAGAGGAGGAACAGUACGGAGCGUUCACGCGGCGCCGCAUGGCCAUGCGCAAGGCCAAGGUCCACGUCAUCAAGGGUCACGAGUUCAUUGCCAAGUUCUUCCCAAGUCCAACCUACUGCUCCGUGUGUAAGGAGUUCUUGUGGGGCUUCAAUAAACAAGGAUACCAAUGUGGAGCAUGCUCAGCAGCUGUCCAUAAGAAGUGCCACUCACAUGUGCUGGGGAAGUGUCCAAAAACGGCUAUAGUUUCUCAGGAGUCCAAGUUCCUGAAGGAGAGGUUCAACAUCGAUGUACCUCAUCGCUUCAAGACCAACAACUACAUGAGCCUAACGUUCUGUGAUCACUGUGGAUCGCUCUUGGUGGGGCUCUUUAGGCAAGGUGUCAAGUGUGAAACAUGUGGUAUGAACUGUCACCACAAGUGCCAGGCGAAGGUGGCGAACCUGUGUGGGGUGAACCAGAAGCUGAUGUCCGAGGCGCUGGCACACAUCAGCGCCAAGAAGGGUGCGCCGUCCCCGAGACCGCCCCGGAAAGAAGGAGACGGGGCGUCCCCGCCGCCCAGACCGCCCAAACCCGGCAACAACCUAGGUGUACCAGGAGAGAUUCCCAAGAUGGAGGCAGACAUAGAUGAUGAUGAAGGAGUGUAUGAGAAGAUGUGGGAGGUGGAGCUGCCCCCUGUCCCCCCACGGUCAACAAGUAUCAGAAAACCUCUCAGGAACUUUUCUGAAGAAGACUUUGUGUUCAUGAAAGUGCUGGGCAAGGGCAGCUUUGGAAAGGUGAUGCUUGCAGAACUAAAGGGUAAGAAGGAGUACUUUGCCAUCAAGGCCCUGAAGAAGGAGGUAGUCCUGGCUGAUGAUGACUUCGAGUGCACCAUGGCAGAGAAGAGGGUUCUAGCUUUGUCAUGGCAACACCCGUACCUGACACACCUGUACGCAACCUAUCAGACUAAGGCACACUUGUUCUUUGUGAUGGAGUAUCUAAAUGGAGGAGACCUGAUGUUCCAUAUACAGAAGUCUCGCAAGUUUGAUCGCAAACGAGCACAGUUCUAUGGUGCAGAGAUCACUCUUGGUUUGCAGUUCCUCCAUGGAAAGGGCAUAGUGUACAGGGACCUAAAGUUAGACAACGUGUUGUUGGACAAAGAUGGGCACAUCAAGAUCGCAGACUUUGGCAUGUGUAAGGAGGGCAUCACUGAUGAGAAGAGAGCCGUCACCUUCUGUGGAACACCUGACUACAUCGCACCUGAGAUCCUGAAAGGCCAGAGAUAUGGGUUCUCUGUGGACUGGUGGUCGUUCGGCGUGCUUCUGUACGAGAUGCUGAUUGGUGCGUCUCCCUUCCACGGGGACGAUGAAGAUGAUCUGUUCUACAGCAUCCUGCAUGAGACUCCACAGUACUCCAGGAUAGAGAAGGACGCCCAGUCAUGUCUGUCACAGCUGUUGGAGCGUGACCCAGAGAAACGACUGGGCGUGGCAGGAGACAUCCGUCGACACCCGUUCUUCAGUACCACGGACUGGGACAGACUGGAGAGGAAGGAGAUCCCACCUCCAUACAAACCUAAUAUUAGAUCAGCGAGUGACGUGAGCAACUUUGAUUCUGACUUCACCAUGGAGAAGGCUCGACUCACGGCUCCGACCAACAAGGACCUGCUGGAGUCCAUCGACCAGAACAUGUUCUCAGGGUUCGAGUUCACCGCACCGACCAUGGCAGACUUCAGCUAGAGACUGCUCAAUGUAGUUACAUGUAGCCAAUGAAGGCAUAGCAAAAAGAAUGCGGUGUUUCCAGUUACUGUAACAGUUACAGUCCUGAAAAAAUUAGGGUACAUAGGUCGGUAGCAUAGGAAUUUCUUUUAUGUUCUUUUUUUUCAGAUUUCGACCAAAGUGAUCAAAUAAGUAUAGUUACUGUAUAAACUAUGUAAAUACAAUACCUGCCUUUCAAAUAUUCUAAUCAGCUAGAGUGCCUUGUAGGAUAGAAUGGUAAUAUUGUUCUCACCAGGAGUUUUUAAAAGCAUAGGGGGCAUCUUUGUGCUGCAAAGCCAUGUGGCAAAAGUCGCGGGUGUGAGCAUUAUAUUGUAGGGGACGGGGGGCAUGCACCUCCUGAAAAUUUAUAACCCUCAGAAAUUAUACUAUUUCCUGCAUUCUGAGGGCCAAAUUUGAUUAGGGAAGUCAACAUUUAUUACCUAAAUUGUUACAAAACAGUUAGUAGAAAGGCCCCAAUGCUGGUUGAAAUGCAGCGUAGGGGCCCAAAUCACAGCAUAGGGCAUUCAAAUCACAGUGCAGGGGCUCCCUAUGCUCAAUUGUGCAUUGAAUCCUGGUUACAGAAAAGAAUUUUGAAUAGCAAAACUGUUUCAUGCUGAAGUAGGUCUUGUGAGCCGAUUGAAAAUUAGGUAUGGGAGUUUGUAAAUACAGUUAGUUGAAACAUUUGGCCCCUGUAUGCAGUACUCAUGGCCCGAUUUUUGGGAACCAUAGUUGUCAAGAUGCCAUAAGCAGAACUUUUGUACACAAUCAUUGUGGAAAAACAUCCAGAAUGCAAGUGUGAGAUCUUCUUCAUCAAUUGCCAUCAUCAUUAAUGCUUAACUUGAGAAAAAUCAUGGAGACAUUAUAAUUAUUGUGAUAUUGCAACUGCAAUUCAGCCGUUAGGCUGCGAAUAUGGCGAUAUGUUUUUGCUCCAUAAACCAUUAGAAUUAUUAUGGAAAAACAUUUGAAAGGAAGAACAAUAUAUAUAUAGUCAUUAUUUCAUAAACCUGUAAAGGGGUUCCAGGGGGUUUUGUAUCUUGUUCUGUAAAAAAAAAGAUUAGGCUAAGCAUAAACCCUAGUAAUAUCAUGAAGAUUUUUAUCUACAAGUUCAUGCACAAGCAAAAAAAUCCAAGGAAAUAUUCUAUGAUAGUGCAAGGCAAGUCAGGCAAUGCAGUUAGCAACAAAGAUUGGCUGAACUUUGGUAACAGGGUAUGUAGUGGUCUAUGGCUAGCUAAAGUAGAUAGAGUUUUACAAGUCAAAUGGCCCUCUUUUUUUGAAAACCAACUGAUAGCAGCAAUGUUUUAGGACCGAGAUAUUUUAAAGAAUAAAUAUUCUUGCUAGAAACUGUCUGUGGAAAAGCAUUGAUGAUGUUAAUCUGGUAAAUUUUGUACCAGUAAUUCUUCUCUUUUGAAAAAGAAAUUAUACCUGUAAAUUCAUUUGCAAAAGAAGAAUAAUAGUAAUUAGAGUAAUAUUUAGAUAAUAAAAAGGUUUAAGAAGAUGUAUAUUUUAUCAUAUUCACCUUAACUUUUCUGCUAGUGAUUGUGACUUAGAUAUGAGAUAUGAUUCCAAUUAAGAGAUAGAAGAAGGAUAUAAAAGAUGAAUUUAUAUAAAAGUUGUACACUGAUUUGGGGAAUUAGAAAAAGACUGUCAGCCAUCUUGCCUUUGGGGUUAAAAGGUAUCACUUAGUAUGAAUAUGGCACAGCAUACUUUUAUUAUGUACAUGUAGCGUACAAAUGUGUCAAGGACAGUUUAUAGAUAAUUACAUAUUAUGUAAAUUUAGUAAUUUGGGACCAGUCUUUUUUUUUUACAGGAUAAUGACACUACUACAUGUAUGUCAGGACCAAAUGAAACAGUUAGCCUUAAUUACUGGUUUAUAGGAUAAAUUCCAAGUCUAGACCUUUUCCUAAAGAGUGGUAUUGUGACCGGAACGUACACAAAGUGAAAUUUCCAUAAUGUAAUCCUUGGUACCACUUUUUAGUUCUUUCUCUAUGCAUGUAGAUUAUUGCAUACUUGGUGACAUAUCAUAAUAUCUGUAGAUAGAGGUUAGUCUCUACCUGGCUCCAUGGAUCACUUGUCAAAUAAUAGAAAUUGGACAAAUAAAGUCAAAUUCGUAUUUUCC